AUUAUUUGUUUACAUUAUAAGUCUUUAAAAGUCUCGGUAUCUGAGCAUGGUCCACUUCAGUUUCCAAGUAAGUUACUCACUCUCAACAGUUCUCUCAAAAAUCCUAGCCUGUAAUGGCAACAAUAUCAAGCUUUUCAAAUGGUUUUUGGAGUAAAGAUUAUGCUACUGGAAUUAACACACUUUUCGAGCGAUUGAGUGCCGGUACACAAGAAAACGAACAAAUCAAAACAUUAAUAAAAUUAUAUAAACAAGCAAAUGAAGACUUUGGGGAAAGAUUGCAAGAAAUAACCAAAGAAUGCAUGAAGAAUGGUAACAAUGAAGAAGCAACCGAAGAUUGCACAUCAUCAAAUAAAGCGUUUGAGGGAUUACGAAGCGAGAUUGAGAAUCAAGGGAAACAGCAUGUUAGAAUUUCGAACGACCUACAUUCAUUAGUGUUGAGACCGCUUUCAAAAAUGACAGUUGAUCAUGUACAGAGGUUGCAAACGAGCCAAUACGUUUUAACAAACCAUGUUAAAGAGCAUGAGAAAAAAUAUCAUUACAUGAGAAAGUCCAAGAGCACGUAUUACAAUAGGUGUCGUGAUUUAGAGGAUCUUGAAGAAGAAGCCAAGAGAGAAGAAGAAGAACAAGAGAAGUCAUCCGACAUUAAGACGUCUAAUAAUCAAUUUUCUAGUGGCUCUACCGAGUUGUAUGAAAAAUCCGAAUUGUCUGAACAAAAUGAACCUGUUCAACUUGGAUUUAUGGAGUUCAAGCCUGAUGAACUUCAAAAAGUCAUGGCUCAAAUUUUAGAAGAACUUCCUCUUCAGGAUAAACGAGUUCCUAUCUUAGGAACAUAUCAAAAUACCUGCUCUGGAAAUGUUAUCGUUUCUUGGCUUCAGGAAAAUCUUCCGGUUCCCACGUUAGUGGCCGCCGAAGCAUUUGGCCAGGAUCUAAUUAUGCAGGGAUUUUUGCGCCAAAUAGGCCAAAUAGGCGUAGGCGGUACAUUUGUCAACAGCACCAAUUUCCAUUACCAGUGGAAGGAAAAGGCUUUUCAAAUAGCCGGACUAGACAGUCAUGAUGCCCUUAUUGAAAAUGCGAAAUCUUUACCUUUCCUCGGUGAAUACCUUUCCGACUACAUCCAAUAUCGAAAACAGUAUGCAAUGGAAUCGCCUUUACAGCGUGUGAAGAGAGAAGCUCUAGAUGCAAACAUUACGUACAAGGAAGCUGUUUAUGAUCUGGACAAGUGCCGAACACUUUUAGAGGAAAAUAUCGUUGAUCACUUACAAUUUCUGCAAAAGUGUGAGACUGAACGUGUGCAAUUUUUCAAAAAUACCUUCAUGGAUAUGUCUACAAUAAUAUCCAACUUCUUACCCUCAAUGAAGUUACUAGCUGAUCAAAUAAUAGUGUAUCAAGAAAUUAUUCAACCUGAAAGUGAUAUCCGUUAUAUCCUUGAAUCAUCAGCCACAGGGCCUUUCUUGCCCCAUGUAGAAGUUUACGAAGAUUACUAUAAUGAUAUCAAGGAUCAAGUCUUCGGUAUUGAUUUAGAAUUCCUUUGUCAUCGUGACAAAAAACGUGUUCCCAUAGUUGUCAGCACUAUUCUUUCUUUUCUUGAUCAACUGUAUCCUACCCUUCCUUCAGAUAAAGUUCGACAAAAAUUAUGGCUCGUAAACUCUCCUUUAUCAUCCGUCCAUCAACUAAGAGAGGCUUUGAAUCAUGCUCCUAAUGUGUCAAAGGAUAUUUUGGUACAAUACUCUCCUACAGUCGUAGUAGGUGCUCUGAAACUAUUCCUUUUGGAACUCCCUGAUUCAAUUAUUCCUUCCUCAGCUUUUGAGUUGGUUCGUUCUAUUUAUGCCAACCAUGGUAAUGAUGAAGUUUAUCGUGUCCGGUUGCUUCAAAAUCUUCUUUCCCAACUUCGUAGAGUGAAUUUGGCUACCUUGAGCGCUUUAAUUACCCAUUUGCAUCGAUUAAUUUCCUUGACGACCAAGGAGGGUAAUUUUGUCAGUAACCUGGCUAAUUCACUUUGCAUGUGCAUUUCCAGACCAAUUUUCUGGAGUUUAUCAAUCCAACAUGAUAAACAUCCCUCGCGGUUCUUAGAAGAUCUUUUGACUCACGGUCCCACAUUGCUUGACGAGUUGAGAAAACUAAGUGCAGCAAAACGCGCUUCAGACCGAGGCCCUUCCACGCUUAUUGCAAAUGAAAAACAACCCUCAUCUAGAAAAGCCUCCGUUUCUUCUUCCGCUUCGGCACCUACUUCUGCACCAUAUGCUUCUCCCAGAUCGUCUUUAGACGAAGUUCAACCAUCCGUAAGUGAAGCCGAGUUUACAAUGGAAAACGUUCCUUCUACGCUUAUUCGUACUUCCUAUGCUUCAAACGCUAGAAGGGGUAAAAGAAACGUUAGUCAAGCUUCAGAAGCCAGUGAUGCUAGUGGACUUACUGAGCAAGAGUACAAAGAUCCUGGCACAGACGAUACUGAAAGAGGGGAAUUGUGGGAAUCCUUCGGAAACCAAGAAUAAUUUACACCGUAUCCCUUUUUCUAAUCUACAGUAUUCGUAAUUUACUUAUUUCUCUUCAUUAGCUAACCAACAUUGCAUCAUUCGCAUAACUUAAUGUUCAUGAAAAUCGUUUAAAAAUAUUUUACAGCAUGCAUUUUCCCAGCUUAAGUUGGAUGAAUAUUAUGAUUUAAAUAAAAUUAGAUAUUCCCUUGGUUUUAAUUAAAAUAAUAAGUAGUAAACAGGGCGCAUUAUUUAAAGAUCCAG